AUGCUUUCUUCUCUGCUGCGGCCCCAGAGAGCACGUCGUCGCGCCGAACAAUCAUCGCCCUUUUCCUCGCCCUACGCCGGGCACGCCGCAGCAGACUUCACCGAGGACGACGACGAGGACGAGCAUAGCGAAGAAGAAGAACAAGAAGAAGAAGAGCAGGAUACUGUUGAUGAGGGUGAGGAGGACGCGGAUGCGGACGGGGAAGGGGACGAAGGCGAAGACGAUGAUGGGGACGCGGAGCAUGAAGACGGAGACUCGCAUUCUCCUCUGCUGCCCAUCUUCUCGGCCGCGCAUCUAGACGCCCUCCCAAUAUACAACCUCACGCAUGCCAUCCGCCUGAUCGUUCUCCCCCGAACGGAAACCACCCUGACCUGGGAUCAGCUGCGUUCGCCCCAGGUCUCGCAGUUCCUGGUCAAGCCGAUGCAGCAGCAGAUCCGGACAUCCCAUUUCAACCGCGCAACUCUCUACGCUUUAAUGGCAAACUCUCUGCAGUUCCAGAAAGAGAGCCAGGCAAAUCCCGGGAAUGCGGGUAACAGCAAGACGAGGGCCUUGGUCUGCGAGCUGAUCGCCAUCAAAUUGCUGAAGGAGUAUAAUACCAGGGAGCUGAUCGAUGCCCUGUCAUACGACUUCUUCCCCCUCCAAGGACUGGCAACGCCUGUGAUCCUCACUCCGGGGCAAAAUGGAGGGCAGCAGCGACCUCGCCCGGCGGCUGCGCGAAUUUCGACUCUGGAGGUGGCCAUUCGAGCAUCGGCGAAACGAUUCCUGGCCCAUCCGUUGGUGGUGCAGCAACUGGAGGCGAUCUGGGCCGGUACGAUUGUCUUCCACUCGGUGGCGGACCAUCUGCAUAGAUCACGGCCGGUGAGUCCCCGGAUACCACAGUCGAGGCCGACCGAUAGCGAAACGCCGCUCAUCAAAGUGACCACGGGUUAUGGGACCACCAAUGCGCCCAAGCCCCUGGAUAAGGCAAUGCAGCAACACCACGAACAAGCGGUCCAGGCGAGGCGGACAGUCACCCUGUACGACCCUCGAGACGCCUCCCUCUUCAAGCUGUCCAGACUCCGAGUCCCUCGAUAUCGUCAGUUCUUCUCGACGUGCUCCCUAUUCAUCCUCCUGUGUCUCUUCGUUGCCGUACUGGCCCAGAGGUCCACCGAGAUCACGACCCUUGAAGUUGUCUUCUGGUUCUGGAGCGCAGGGUUCAUGUUAGACGAGGUGGUGGGAUUCAACGAGCAAGGUUUCGGCCUCUACAUCAUGAGUUUCUGGAAUGCUUUCGACCUGGGAAUACUGUUCCUGCUAUCGAUAUACUACUGUAUGCGACUGUACGGCGUUUUGCUGGUCGGUGUUGGACGGCAGCAGUGGAACAGCAUGGCUUAUGAUGUUCUUGCGACCAACGCUAUCCUGCUCUUCCCUCGGCUGUUCAGCGUGCUUGACCACUACCGAUACUUCUCGCAGCUGCUGAUCGCCUUCCGCCUGAUGGCCAUAGAUCUUGUGGCGGUUUUCGUGUUGAUUCUAAUUGCCUGCAGUGGUUUCUUCGUUGCGUUCACUCUGUCGUUUGGAGAUUCCGAAUACGAUGCUGCCGGCGUUGCAUACAAGAUUUUUCAAAUCCUCAUGGGAUUCACUCCCGCGGCCUGGGAGGCCUGGCCGACCUACAAUCCACUAGGAAAGGCCCUGCUGGUGCUCUUCUUGUUCAUCUGUCACUUCCUGGUCGUCACCAUCCUCAUCACAGUGCUCACCAAUUCGUUCAUGGCCAUUGUCUCGAAUGCCGACCAAGAACACCAGUUUGUCUUUGCUGUCAACACCAUCAGCAUGGUCAAGAACGAUGCACUGUUCUCCUACGUGGCGCCGAGCAACAUUGCUGCUUGGCUAUUGACCCCGCUGAGAUACGUCCUUCCAUUCCGAUCAUUUAUCCGACUAAACAGGACUGUGAUCAAAGUCACCCAUUUUCCGCUACUCUUUACAAUAUACGCCUACGAGCAGAUGUUCCUCGCCCGCUCCGUCUUCCAGCCCACCGAUCUCGUGGAGCAUCAAGGGCGCAAGAGACUAGUCUCAUUCCAGGAUGCGAAGAUGGCCUUGUUCAGUCCCUCGGUGCGCAUGCGCCACGGGUCUGUUGUUGGAUACCAGAAAGACAAUGCUCUAGAUGAUGUUUUCAGACUCGCCCCUCGUCCUGAUACCAUCCGCUCCCAUCGAAAGAGUUUUGAAAGGAGACAGACUCAAAAUGUAGUCAACAACUGGAUGGAUCAAGGGUCGAAUGCGAGCCCGCCCCAAGAGCAGGAUCGCUCCAUCGUUGAUCGACUCGAGAUGCGGAGGAGGGCGAGGAAGGCAACUAUGUUGCGGCAACGUGGCAUUUCCGGGACCAGAUCUGUGGCGAGCGAUCCUGCCGACUUCAUUUCCAGAAGUGGCUUCAACGAUAUUGACACCACUCCGGGUCACGAGAACGAGAACGAGUCAGACGAGGACGGAGACGACGAGCUUGCUACAGCCGACGAGAACGAGUUGGAGAGACAGACUACACGUUCGCGAAGCCGCAUGGCAACAUCCUACAAAGAGCGGGACCUCGAAAGCUACUUUACCACGCCUAAAGCAAGUCGAUUCCUCGAGCCUCAUCUCUCCUCGUCUGCUUCUUCGCGAAGACAGAAUCCGGCCCCACCAAGGUCCUCUCCGCCUCUACAACACCGCUCACAUGAUCGUACCAUGUCGACUGGCACUAUAUUAUUCAAUCCCAUCUCGGACAGCCAAUCUUCGGCGUCUCCACCCAAAUCCCGACCCUUGACAGCAAAGUUCCGCUCCACCACCAAUACUGUAACUCCUACGCCCAUUCACGGAACACCCAAGCAAUCCGUCUACGCCCUCGCUACCAAAACGAAACCCCGUCCUAUCAUGCCGAACCGAAACGACUUCCAGUCCGUUCCGAACUUCAAUAUGAACUCCCAACUCGCCGGAAAGGGUACCCGCACACGACAAAUCCGCCAUCGGAGGUCGAGCCUCGAUAUGGGUCUGUCCGAGAUUGGACUCGAUCAUAACGCACCGGGUGCCCUUGGCGCUGUACCGAGUUCUUUCGCAACGCAGAUGGCGUUGGCCACCGGAGGUCUAAAAGGUUUCGGCAAAGGGAAGAGUAAUAGUAGGGAAGAGGAUACCGAGAGGAUGAUGGGCCGACUGAUGUUAGCACGAAUGAAAACACUGGAAGAGGGCUUCCAAGAGGUCGUCCGCGAGUUCAGGGGUAUGCGUACAGCAGGCAACAGCUCCGUCGAGAACGAUCCCUUCGACUACAGAAGAGAAAAGGGUAAGGGCAGGGAGAAGGAGAAUCGACAUAGGCAGAAACGCAAAGACUUGCCAAGGUCGAUAAGUGAAGUCGACUUUGCGCAAAUUGAUCGGGGAAGAAGUAUAAGCGCGAGAGAUGUUGACGAAGCACCGCCGUCGGCUCAGGGCGGUAAUACGUCCGAGGACCGUAUUCUAAAGCGGUAUAUAUCGAUGGGAAGCUCCCUAUAA